CGCGGCGCAGGUGAGCACCGCUUCCGGGGUCGGCUUGUGGAUUGUGGCCGGCUCGGUCUUCUCUGCGGUCUGGUGCGGGGGAGACUAUGGCGUCCUCCUCGGCCCCGCCAGCCACCGUAUCGACGGCGACAGCGGGCCCUGGCCCGGGUUUCGGGUUCGCCUCCAAAACCAAGAAGAAGCAUUUCGUGCAGCAGAAGGUGAAGGUGUUCCGAGCAGCCGACCCACUGGUGGGCGUGUUCCUGUGGGGAGUAGCCCAUUCGAUCAAUGAGCUCAGCCAGGUGCCUCCCCCAGUGAUGCUGCUUCCAGACGACUUUAAGGCCAGCUCCAAGAUCAAGGUCAACAAUCACCUUUUCCAUAGGGAAAACCUACCCAGUCAUUUCAAGUUCAAGGAGUAUUGUCCCCAGGUCUUCAGGAACCUCCGUGAUCGAUUUGGCAUUGAUGACCAGGAUUAUUUGGUGUCUCUUACCCGGAGCCCCCCAAGUGAAAGUGAAGGCAGUGAUGGUCGCUUCCUUAUCUCCUAUGAUCGGACUCUAGUCAUCAAAGAAGUAUCCAGUGAGGACAUUGCUGACAUGCAUAGCAACCUCUCCAACUACCACCAGUACAUUGUGAAGUGCCAUGGCAAUACACUACUGCCCCAGUUCCUGGGGAUGUACCGAGUCAGUGUGGACAACGAAGACUGCUACAUGCUUGUGAUGCGUAAUAUGUUUAGCCACCGUCUUCCUGUGCACAGAAAGUAUGACCUCAAGGGUUCCCUAGUGUCCCGGGAAGCCAGCGAUAAGGAAAAGGUUAAAGAAUUACCUACCCUUAAGGAUAUGGACUUUCUCAACAAGAACCAGAAAGUAUAUAUUGGAGAAGAAGAGAAGAAAGUAUUUCUAGAGAAGCUAAAGAGAGAUGUGGAGUUCCUAGUGCAGCUGAAGAUCAUGGACUACAGCCUUCUGCUGGGCAUCCACGAUAUCAUCCGGGGCUCUGAACCAGAGGAGGAGGGGCCUGCCCGGGAGGAGGAUGCAGAGGGGGAGGGAGACUGUGGCCUGACUGGACCUCCUGCUCUGGUGGGUUCCUAUGGCACCUCCCCUGAGGGCAUCGGCGGCUACAUCCAUUCCCAUCGGCCUUUGGGCCCUGGAGAGUUUGAGUCCUUCAUUGAUGUCUAUGCCAUCCGGAGUGCUGAGGGGGCCCCCCAAAAGGAGGUGUAUUUCAUGGGUCUCAUUGACAUCCUAACACAGUAUGAUGCCAAGAAGAAAGCAGCUCAUGCAGCCAAAACUGUCAAGCAUGGGGCCGGGGCAGAGAUCUCUACUGUCCAUCCUGAGCAGUAUGCUAAGCGAUUCCUGGAUUUUAUUACCAACAUCUUUGCCUAAGAGGCUGCCUGACUCCAUGGUGACUGCUGCUUUAUGUUCAAGGUGGUGGGAUUCUGAGAGGCUUGGAGGAAUUGGGGAUAUUCUGGCCAAUACUUCUUCUCUUCCUCCUUUGCUAAAUUCAGGCUGCAGGCUCCAUCCAUCCAGAUAACUCCCAUUUCAUUGCAUUGGCUCUUCUGGCCCUCAGAAAUACAUUGUCGUUUUUUCCCUUUCCCUUCCUGCAACAAGUCCCUUUGCUUCUUUAGGGUGUUAUUGUUAACCCUCCCAAGUGCCUUGACCUUUGUAAAAUGUCCUGUUGUUUCUAUAAAAGAGGAGGAGCUGAGGGAACAGGGUUGUUUGCUGUCUUCAGAACCCGACUGGACAGAUGGACCUGGUUCAAGCAACUACUCUGGAUGCAUUUUGCUGUGUAGGAUGAACUAAGAGUGUCUGGGUUUUGCUGAUAACUUUAUAGAACUCACUGUGGCAUGCUUCUAUCCCAGUAGACCCUGGGAUGGGGAACUUUAAAGAUACAGAUGUGGGUGCAGGCAUAUGCACAUAUGAUGAAAUAUGGCCAAUCUUGUACACAGAGGUGAGGUGGAGAGUGGUCAGUAGGCUGGGUCCUCAUGGAGGUGGGACCUAAGAGGACUUUUGUGAUUAUGAAGGGAGUUGCAGAGGAUUUCUGCCAAGGAAUGACCACUCUAAUCUCUUCCUUCAGCCUACUUCCACCCCCACCCACCUGUACUUCUGGGUGCAGAAGCCCAGAGCUGGCCAGAGUGUUGAAGCCUGGGUGAAGGUGUUUUAACUGUUUCUGCCCAUUACCAAAGCCUCACACCCCUUGUGGUGUUGGAACCGUUGAGUGGGUGUGUGGCCAGUUCUAGAGGCUGGGAUGAAAUGCCAGGAGUGUGAAGUUCAUUUCCCAUAGUAAGCUUUCUUUCUUUCUUUUUAGCUAUCCUUGUGGUUUACUCCCAGCAGAAGGGAAUUUCCCCACUUGGGUCAAUCCUGGUCAUUUCAACAGGAUGGAGGUCUCAAGUGUGCGAACCUCCCCUACUCCCUGGAGGUGUGUGCCUAGCACGCUUCCUUUCCCCAUCCCUCUCAAACCCUUUUCCCCAUUGGAUUUGUCAUUCUGUUCUCUUCUGUCCUUACACUGCUACUGUGUCUCCCAGGGGACAGAUGGCCUUCUUUGCCAUUUUUACUCCACCCCUAGAGAGGAGUCAGAGCCAUAACUCAGUCACCGCUCCCCCUCCCAACAAGAUAGUUGAGUUGAUGCGUGACAUUCUCAGAAUAUAGAGGACCCUAAUGAGAUAAGUUGUCCCCUCCCCUCCAAUGGCUUUGGGGCUAAGGCAACCAUUCUUGCUGUUCUCCAUCCCCCUUGAGGCUUGUAUAUUUUUCUAACAUAAAGAUGGGCACCUGGCUUGUGGAGAUGCAAGUUUCUUUGCUCUGUAUCUGGCUGGACUGAUCUGUCUCACAAGAAGUCAUAAGGGAGAAUCCCUCUCUUCCCUCCAUCUUCUGCUCCAAAGGAGAAAACAAGAGGAAUCCGCAGUUGGAGCUCCUAUAGUAUCUUCUCUUCAGGGGCCUGAUGGAUCUUUUUCAUUCCAAUCAUCUACCUUUCCCCUGUUGAAUGCAAUAAAACUCCAUGACACCAGCAACUGUUCUUUUGAAAUGGGUUUUCUGACCAUGUGGCUGAUGUAUCAUGGGCAGUAUGGUCUUCAUUUGUUGCUUCUGUUUUUCGUCUUUUUUGUUUUAUUAAUUAAUAAAAAAUGUGUAUUUACUCUUUAUUGCGGUCACAAUAUAAAAAAUAAAUUAUUGAAUCCAAA